CGACGGUGGAGACGGCUGCCCUAGUGGGAGAGGCGGCGGCGGCGGCCGAGGAGGAGGAGGGGGAAGCGGCGGCGAAGGGAGCGCGGAGGCCGGCAGCGUGCAGCGUCUCGCGGGUGCGCGGGUCCGUGGAAGACCGGUGCCCGGGCUCGGCUGUCCGCGGCGCCUCGAUUCAUUGGGAGGUUCCUGAACGCUAAUGUGGUGCUCGAGGCAACAGCGAGGCAGUGUAAUUUUGCAUCCAUUUUGUCUGUUUUAGGCUCCAGACCCAGUUCCUGGACCUGCCCUGGAAAAGAAGUAUCCAGUAGAGAUGAGCUCACUGCAGUUACUUAAUUAAAAAUUUGUAAGCUGCAAAAAUGGCAAUGGGCCAACCAAGAACAGCUACAAUUUGAAUUUUUCUGUUUCCAGAAAAUGCUUGGACAGAAGAGAUGAGUUCUAUUUCCACUAAGGCCUAGAAUUGCCUGCUGUACAAAUAGUCCUGAUCAGGCAAUAUACGAAUGGCCCAAGGAAGCCACCAAAUUGAUUUUCAGGUUUUACAUGACCUGCGACAAAAAUUUCCUGAAGUACCUGAAGUUGUUGUAUCCAGGUGCAUGUUACAGGAGAAUUCCAGAUCUUCCUGUGAAAGUGAGAGAGUCAUUAAAUAGGAGUCAAGACUUUGGGGUUCUAAUUCUAAAUAGGCAUCUCAAGCGUAUUUGGCAGAAUAAUAAUAACCUGGAUGCUUGCUGUGCAGUUCUCUCUCAGGAGAGUACAAGGUAUCUUUACGGUGAAGGAGACUUGAAUUUUUCGGACGAUUCCGGAAUUUCUGGUCUGCGCAAUCACAUGACUUCUCUCAACUUGGACUUGCAGUCACAGAAUGUUUACCACCAUGGAAGAGAAGGAAAUAGAAUGAAUGGAAGUAGGACUCUGACGCACAGCAUUAGUGAUGGGCAACUUCAAGGUGGUCAGUCCAAUAAUGAACUCUUUCAGCAGGAGCCACAGACAGCACCAGCUCAAGUUCCCCAAGGCUUUAAUGUUUUUGGAAUAUCCAGUACAUCUGGUGCUUCAAAUUCAGCACCACAUCUUGGAUUUCACUUAGGCAGCAAAGGAACAUCUAACCUUUCUCAACAUACUCCCAGAUUUAAUCCCAUUAUGGUAACUUUAGCCCCAAAUAUCCAGACUGGUCGUAAUACUCCCACGUCUUUGCAUAUACAUGGUGUACCUCCACCAGUGCUUAACAGUCCACAAGGAAAUUCUAUCUAUAUUAGGCCUUACAUUACAACUCCUAGUGGUACAACUCGGCAGACACAGCAGCAUUCUGGCUGGGUAUCUCAGUUUAAUCCCAUGAACUCUCAGCAAGUCUAUCAACCUUCACAACCUGGUCCCUGGACUACUUAUCCUGCAUCUAAUCCUCUGUCACAUACCUCAGCCCAGCAGCCAAAUCAACAAGGCCACCAGACCUCUCAUGUCUACAUGCCCAUCAGUUCACCUACUACCCCACAGCCACCAACAAUUCAUUCAUCUGGUAGCUCACAGUCUUCUGCCCAUAGCCAAUAUAACAUUCAGAAUAUUUCAACAGGAUCUCGAAAAAACCAGAUUGAAAUCAAACUUGAACCUCCACAAAGGAACAACUCUUCAAAAUUACGUUCUUCUGGACCUCGAACCUCCAGCAGUUCCUCUUCUGUCAACAGCCAGACUUUAAAUAGAAAUCAGCCCACUGUUUACUUUGCUACCAGUCCCCCAAAUACUGAUGAGGUGAUGCCCCGGAGUCAAUCUAAGGUCUAUAUUUCAGCUAAUGCCACCACAGGAGAUGAGCAGGUCAUGCGGAAUCAGCCUACCCUCGUCAUAUCCACAAACUCUGGAGCAUCUGCCGCCUCCAGGAAUAUGUCUGGGCAAGUGAGCAUGUGUCCUGCCUUUAUUCAUCACCACCCUCCCAAAAGUCGAGCAAUAGGCAAUAACUCUGCAACUUCUCCUCGAGUGGUGGUCACUCAGCCCAAUACAAAAUAUACAUUCAAAAUUACAGUUUCUCCCAAUAAACCCCCUGCUGUUUCACCAGGGGUUGUGUCCCCUACCUUUGAACUUACAAACCUUCUAAAUCAUCCUGAUCAUUAUGUAGAAACAGAGAAUAUUCAGCACCUCACGGACCCUACUUUAGCACAUGUGGAUAGAAUAAGUGAAGCACGGAAGUUGAGUAUGGGAUCUGACGAUGCUGCCUACACACAAGCUCUGUUGGUACACCAGAAGGCCAGAAUGGAACGACUUCAAAGAGAACUUGAGAUUCAAAAGAAAAAGUUGGAUAAACUAAAAUCUGAGGUCAAUGAAAUGGAAAAUAAUCUAACUCGAAGGCGUCUGAAAAGAUCGAAUUCCAUAUCCCAAAUACCUUCACUGGAAGAAAUGCAGCAGUUGAGAAGUUGUAAUAGACAACUCCAGAUUGACAUUGACUGCUUAACCAAAGAAAUUGAUCUUUUUCAAGCCCGAGGGCCACAUUUUAAUCCCAGCGCAAUUCAUAACUUUUAUGACAAUAUUGGAUUUGUAGGUCCUGUGCCACCAAAACCCAAAGAUCAGAGGUCCACCAUCAAAACACCAAAGACUCAAGAUACGGAAGAUGAUGAGGGGGCUCAGUGGAAUUGUACUGCCUGUACUUUCUUGAACCAUCCCGCCUUAAUCCGCUGUGAACAGUGUGAGAUGCCAAGGCAUUUCUGAGCCAGAGGGCCUGUAUCUUCUCCAGAACCAUAUCUGAAGUUCAAGAAACCAGUCUGCCAUCAGGGGAAAAGUUUCACUGCUACAUAGGAUUUUGUCAAAUGGAAGGUGUGACAAGAUGGUGUUGUGCUAAUGUUAAAUGUCAGCCCACGGAGCUAAUAAUACCUCAGUCUAAUGUCAUGGGCAGUUGAAAUCCAUCACAUGAAAGGUAAUCUGCUGAAAGACUUGGUUGCCCGCUGCCUAACCACGUUCAGUGUUACCAGUAGCCCAUUUCAGAUAAUUCUCAAUGUGUUAACGCCUAGGUGUUCCCAUACCUUUUCCCCUCAUGUCACUACUGAAUUUUGACAGGAGGAAGGAAUAAAAUGAUGGCUUUUUUUUUUAAAGCUUUCAGUGAAACACUACAAACAUGAAGAAAUGGAACAAGGUUUAACUAUUUAAAAACUUUGCUGCCGCAUAGUGCCAACGGAUAGGGGAAGAACUUCACAAAUCUGUGGUACUCCUGGCCUUGUCUUUGUCUUCCCUGAAAACGUCUCCACUCUGAAGCCAGCAUCUAGGUCUAAAGACGAAAAGGAAGCAGCAUGCAUUGUCUGUACAAACACGCCGUGAAGUAUCCCAGAGCUUUUCCUACUGUACAGGUCUCUCAAGUCUGCUUUAAGCGAUUUCUCUUCUCCUUUAUUAUUUUCUUAUAUUUCUAUAUGUAUAGUGUAAUAGUCUUUUGUUAACUAAUUUUCUUAUUUCCUUUUAGUGAUUAAGCACGAUCAUGUCCCUUUUUAAGCCUUACCCAAAAGAAGCAAUGCCUUAAAAUAAAAAAGCAUUAAUGAAUUGAAACUAUGCACAAAAUAACUUUCCUCUGCUUACUCUGUACUUUGCCCUCAUGAGUGCCAACACUCUGUGAAGACAUCCCAAUGCUGCGCAGUGAACUGCAGGAAAUGUAAUUACAAGACCUCUGUCUGUAGGUCACACUGUGCCCUGCCUUUAGCAGUGGGUGACAACAUAGCACAGUGUUUUGUCUUCCCCAGGGAAGUGUAAAACGAAAGGUUUCCAACCCACUGACGGAGCAACAAGGUUAAACUUCCUCAUCUGCCUGGUGUCCCACAGAACCUUCACCAAGCAUUGCUAUUGGGAAAGUACAGUUUCAAAACCAGCAACAGCAGCAAUACCUACAGCCCCUCCCCCCCUUUUUUUAAGAGAGAGAGAGAGAGAGAAAGAAGUUUAAAUGCUUUACUGUUGGGGCAGUUCAUUUCUAAACCUGACUUGGUGGCAGUAUCGUGUGUAUUUAUAAAACAAGGCUGGUCGUAUUUAGGACAACUGAAGAAAAGCUGGAAAAAAAACAAGCAAACUUGAACACUGAAGCAACCUCAAGCAUCUCUUUAUUUUGAUGAUAUAUUUUUAUAAGUAAAAUAAAUAUUCAGAUGAUCAGGAAUGUAUAUAACUAAAUAAAAUCAAGAAAAAAUAACAGUAUGCAUUUAAAAAGACAGAAUUAUGAAAUUAUAUAUCAGUGCUUAGAAUGGGGCUAACAGAAGUGCUGAGACCUAGCAAAAGAUAGGUAAUGUAGACUGUCACCCACUGUAAAUGUUUGCAAAUGGAUAUUUUUAAACACACAGGAUUAUUACAGGUGAUCUAACAUGAAUGUCAAAGCCUCGACUUCUAGGCGUUGUGCUAUGUAUAUGGGAAGAAGUAUGACAAUCCUAGUUAAUUAGACAGUAGACCCAAAGCCCUUACAUUUGGUGCAUUUUGCUUUAAAAAUAGGCCUUGUUUUUCAGCUUCAUCUGCAGUUCUAUGUGAAGAUUGAUAAAUCAGUUUUUACUUGUUUUAUUAAUAAAACGUAAUUUGGAUAUCUUGAGUUGAUGGUUUUGUGAUUUAGCUGGGUAAACUAUCUUUGUAACAGAUAAGUUAUUUAUAAAAAUUAAAAAACUUAUAUUCUAAUGUGGA